AAUGAUGAUGAGUCCCCAUAACGAAUUGAAUCCAGCGUUUACAGCAGUAAUGAAUGCUCAUCAAAAUAUCUCCCACAUCGCUCUCUCAUGGCUCUACGGUGUAAUAGCAGCAGAGCAGAGAUAAAGAAGCAGAGCCAUCACUAGGUGUGAAGUGGUGAAUCCUCAAUGGGGAGGACUCGACCUGUAACACAGGAUAAGGCAGGGGCUUUCUUCUUGGCAACUCUGCUGCUGUGGUUCGUCUCUGUUUGGUUUGAGAUUCUGUUCAACCGGAAAACCGAGCUGGUUUAUAUUAUUGCCGGGUCUGGCUUUUACCAAUUGGCUAACUGUGUCUGUCGCCGCUUCGUUUCCCGUGACCCUCUGUUUGUUAAUACUACGGUUUCUCUUCUUCAUUCGUCCAUUACAUCUGCUUCAGUUGUGUUCAUAUUGGUUAAUCAAUGGUUACAAAAUGGCUCGAGUGAGAUGUUUGAGCACUCACAGUUGUUUGGAGGUACUUGGGCAUGGGCACACCAAGCUUUGUGCUUCUCGUGCGGUUACUUUGCAUACGAUCAGUGGGAUAUGCUGCAUUACGGAUUAUAUAGUGGUCUUAUUCCUUCCAUACUAGCACAUCAUCUGCUGCUCCUCAUUUGCUUCACUCUUGCUUUGUAUCGGAAUGUUACCAUUAAUUACCUUAUUCUCACUCUCAUCUGUGAGCUGCACUCUAUCUUUCUGCAUGUGAGGAAAAUCCGGAGAAUGGCAGGUGUUCGUGACGCCAAGAGCAACAUUGUCAAGGCAGAGUGGGUUUUGAAUUGGGUGACGUUCACAUUCGCAAGGGUUGCAUCUCACAUUCUCAUCACCGCCAAGCUCAUCUUAGAUGCUCAUAAAUUUGGAAGGGGAGUGGAACUGCCACUUGCGCUAUUGGGAAUGUUUGGAAUGAACAUGCUGAAUACUUUUCUUGGCAUUGAUCUCUUCCAUGCUUGCAAGAGAGAGAUAAAUCCACGGCAUACCAAUACUCGUCAAGAAUGACACAAGGGUUCAAAACAGGGUUUCAAAUCUUCUAAUUCAUGUUGUUUUUUAUUGAUUUUGCACAUAAAUCUUUGGUUGAGUAGAAUGAGAGUCUUUCAUCGAGAGAUUAACAAUGUAAAUUAUGUGAGUAUAUGAAAGCACGGCUUGUUUUCCAUUUCUGCUC